CACACAAACACAUAUAAUCAUUUUAUUUACUGUUAAUACUGAAAUAUGCAAAGCUUUUGCCUCUUCUUAUUCCUUGCUGCUUCUGUGAAGCUUCGUACAGCAAUGAAGACAAGCCCCAGAAGACAGCAACACACGCCAUUGAAACAUUCUUGAAAACUUCCCGCGAAAAAAAAAAAAAAAAAAAAAGACCUUUGUGAGUGUGAAUCGAUUCAACUGAGAAAACCCAUUGACCUUCUCUGCUUCAGCUUCUAUUGUUGAUUUUGUUUUUUUUAGAAAUUUCAAUCUCAACGUUGGGUUUUGAUUUUAAACACGAAGCUUUUGGGGUUGUUUACAUGUUCUGAAAUGUUCAGCAGUUGAAAUUUAAACCCUUAUUGAAGCCAAUGCGCGUGGGACAUACGACGUUUCGUGAAGUCAAAAUAUGAAAGAGAGAGAUCCAAGUCUACGUUCAAAGCUUCAGGGCCAAGAGAAAAAUCAAAUACCAGAUUAUUUCUAAGAUUCUUGAAGAAAUUGCAUUUAUCAGUGAGAAUUUGCUAUUAGGAGUAACAAGAUUUUGUUAUUGGUACUGGGUUCAUUUGGGGUUUAGAAUUGGGACUAUUUUGGGGGCAAUAGUGAUACUAGUUGGAGAGAAUGAAGACUGGAAGAAGAAGGAAGCUUCAUUUUAGCAAGCUUUACUCUUUCAGAUGUGGGAAAGCAUCUCUCGUGGAUGAUCAUUCACAGAUUGGGGGACCGGGAUUUUCGAGGGUAGUUUAUUGCAAUGAACCACUCUGCCCUGAGGCCGGAUUUCGGAAUUAUGCAGACAAUUAUGUGAGGACUACAAAGUAUACACCUGCAUCUUUCUUUCCAAAGGCCUUGUAUGAGCAGUUUAGGAGGGUAGCCAAUUUUUACUUCCUCGUCACUGGCAUCUUGGCCUUUACAGAUCUUGCUCCUUAUAAUGCUGUCAGUGCUGUAUUCCCUCUAAUUGUUGUGGUUGGGGCGACAAUGGUGAAAGAGGGUAUCGAAGACUGGCGACGAAAACUGCAGGAUAUGGAGGUGAACAAUAGAAAGGUUAAUGUACAUCAUGGUAAUGGAGUUUUCAGUCGUACUGAAUGGAAGAAUUUGAAAGUGGGAGAUGUAGUGAAGGUGGAGAAGGAUGAAUUCUUUCCAGCAGACCUUCUCUUGAUUUCCUCCAGUUAUGAUGAUGCAAUCUGCUAUGUUGAGACCAUGAACCUUGAUGGGGAGACAAAUUUGAAACUAAAACAAGCAUUGGAGGCAACUUCAAUCUUACACGAGAACGCUUGCUUCAGGGAUUUUAAGGCCAUUGUUAAAUGCGAAGAUCCAAAUGCAAAUUUGUACUCUUUCGUUGGGGGUAUGGAAUUUGAAGAGCAACAGCAUCCUCUUAACCCUCAACAACUUCUCCUUAGAGACUCUAAACUCAGGAAUACAGACUACAUAUUUGGGGCUGUUAUCUUCACCGGUUAUGACACAAAGGUUAUUCAAAACUCUACUGAUCCCCCCUCAAAGAGAAGCAAAAUUGAGAAGAAAAUGGAUAAAAUUGUCUACUUCUUAUUUUGUCUCUUGUUUACGAUGGCUUUUGUUGGAUCAGUUUACUUUGGCAUUACAACUAAAGAUGACCUAGAUAGUGGCAGAAUGAAGAGGUGGUAUCUGAGGCCUGACAAUUCUAGAAUUUUCUUUGACCCGCAAAGAUCCGUAGCUGCCGCAAUUUAUCAUUUUCUGACAGCAGUUAUGUUGUUUUCUUACUUGAUCCCAAUCUCCUUGUAUGUGUCAAUCGAAAUUGUUAAAGUUCUUCAGACCAUCUUCAUCAAUCAAGAUAUUCAUAUGUACUAUGAGGAAGCUGACAAACCAGCUCAUGCCCGCACCUCAAAUUUAACUGAGGAACUUGGCCAAGUCGACACAAUUCUUUCUGAUAAGACAGGAACAUUGACUUGCAAUUCUAUGGAGUUCAUCAAGUGCUCUGUGGCUGGAACAGCUUAUGGCUGUGGUGUUACAGAAGUUGAGAAGGUUAUGGCUAAAAGAAAAGGAUCUCCUUUGGUUCAUGAAAUGGAAAAUGGUGGAAGCCAGGUUCAGGAUUCUCCUGAUACAAAAUCACUCAUCAAGGGUUUCAAUUUCAAGGAUGAAAGGAUCAUGAAUGGGAAUUGGGUUAACGAGCCCCACGCAGAUGUCUUACAGAAAUUUCUUCGUUUAUUGGCAAUCUGUCAUACUGCCAUACCUGAAGUGGAUGAAGAUACCAGGAAAGUCUCAUAUGAAGCUGAGUCGCCAGAUGAGGCGGCUUUCGUGAUUGCUGCAAGAGAACUUGGCUUUGAAUUCUACAAUAGGACGCAAACAAGUGUCUCACUGCAUGAGUUGGAUCCCUUGUCUGGAAGAAAGGUUGAAAGGUUGUAUAAACUUUUGAACGUUUUAGAGUUCAAUAGCUCAAGAAAGCGGAUGUCCGUGAUAGUAAGAAAUGAUGAGGGAAAGCUAUUAUUACUAUGUAAAGGUGCUGACAGUGUCUUGUUUGAGAGGCUUGCCAAAAAUGGUAGGGAAUAUGAAGAGGAAACCAGGGACCAUGUGAAUGACUAUGCUGAUGCAGGCUUGAGGACAUUGCUACUUGCUUAUCGUGAACUCAGCGAGGAAGAAUACAAAGAGUUUAAUGAGAAAUUCACAGAGGCCAAGAACUCACUUAAUGCAGAUCGGGAGACAAUGAUUGAUGAAGUGACAGAGGAGAUUGAGAAGGAUUUGAUUCUUCUUGGUGCUACUGCUGUUGAGGACAAACUCCAAAAUGGGGUUCCUGAGUGCAUUGACAAACUUGCCCAAGCAGGAAUAAAAAUAUGGGUCUUGACUGGAGAUAAGAUGGAGACUGCCAUCAAUAUUGGAUUUUCGUGUAGUUUGCUUAGACAAGGAAUGAAGCAAAUAAUAAUAAAUUUAGAGACACCAGAAAUUAAAGCACUGGAGAAGGCAGGGGAUAAGGAUGCUAUUGCUAAGACUUCAAAGGAGAGUGUUCGCCUCCAAUUAAGUGAAGGGAAGGCUCAGCUUACUGCAUCAAGUGGAAGCUCUGAGGUGUUUGCGUUGAUCAUUGAUGGGAAAUCUCUUGUAUAUGCUCUAGAGGAUGACAUGAAGAAAAUGUUUCUAGAACUAGCAGUUGACUGUGCAUCUGUUAUUUGCUGCCGUUCAUCACCAAAACAGAAGGCUCUGGUAACCAGACUUGUUAAAGCUGGAACAGGAAAGACCACAUUAGCAAUUGGCGAUGGGGCCAAUGACGUUGGGAUGCUACAAGAAGCUGAUAUUGGUAUCGGAAUCAGUGGUGUUGAAGGAAUGCAGGCAGUCAUGUCUAGUGAUAUUGCAAUAGCUCAGUUCCGAUUUUUGGAGCGCUUGCUUCUGGUGCAUGGACACUGGUGUUACAGAAGGAUCUCAACAAUGAUAUGCUACUUCUUCUAUAAGAAUGUCACCUUCGGUUUCACGGUUUUCUUAUUCGAGGCAGCUGCAUCAUUCUCUGGGAAGCCUGCAUACAAUGAUUGGUUCCUGGCCCUCUUUAACGUCUUUUUCUCAACACUUCCUGUGAUUGCUCUGGGUAUUUUUGACCAGGAUGUAUCAGAACAGUUUUGUCUCAAGUUCCCUUUACUAUACCAACAAGGUGUGCAGAAUAUCCUCUUCAGGUGGCGUCGUAUACUCGGCUGGAUGUUCAAUGGGCUUUGCCAAGCCAUCAUUAUCUUCUUCUUUUGCACAAAAGCGUUAGAGCCUCAUGCCUUCAAUGAGGACGGAAAAGUUGCUGGAUUGGACAUCUUCGGGGCAACAAUGUAUACAUGUGUUGUUUGGACAGUGAACCUCCAGAUGGCCCUCACUGUUAGUUACUUCACCUUGGUACAACAUCUCUUCAUCUGGGGUAGCAUUGCUUUCUGGUUUCUUUUCCUCUUGACAUUCGGAGCCUUGUCUCCCAGCAUUUCCACCACUGCUUACAAAGUCUUCAUCGAAUCUCUUGCCCCAUCCCCCACUUUCUGGCUUGUCACGCUCUUCGUGGUGAUCUCAGCCCUGAUCCCGAAUUUCUCAUUCGCAGUACUUCAAAUGCGGUUCUUCCCAAUGUACCAUAAUGUGCUACAGCGGAUGAGGCUUAAUGGGCAAUCCUAUGACCCUGAAUAUUGCAGUAUGGUACAUCAGAGAUCCGUAAAACCGACAAAUGUGGGUUUUACAGCACGUUCAGAGGCAAGAAAAAAUCGCCCAAAAGACAGGAUUCACACCCACAGAUGAAGCUCGCGUCACUUUUUGAUGGUUAGUCAUCAAAGAGUGUGGACUUGUGUACAUCUGCUGCAGUAUCAGAAAUCUUCCCAUUGUAUAUGAUUAGAUUGAAAUUGGCACUGCUUCUACUUGAAUCCAGAGUUUGCCCCGGGAUUAAAACUCAAUUACACAUCUUGUGUAUGGAUAUAUUAUUAUUCUUCUGUGCCAGUUAGAUGGGUAGAAAAGGCCCCCAAAAGGUUGUAAAUCUUGAUAUUGGGGAUGUAUAGGGCAACAUAUAUAAUUUAUCUUUCAUCAGGUUUCUAGUUUUAUUGCCGAAUUUUUCUGUACAGAAGUGAGAUGGGUAGUGUUCCUUCUUCUGACAUGAAAGAGGAUAGAUUUCUUCUAUGUUUAAUACAGAACUUUCUUUUUGUAAUGUGUUAAUUGUUUUCUUAAAUUUUACUAUAUCAAGUUAUUUUUGUGUAAACAAUAA